CGUUUAGCCCAAUUAAAUAUUACUCAAGUGGAUGGAUUUUUGUUUGAUUUAGGGCUUUCCAGCGAACAGUUAGAAGAUAUUGAGCGAGGUUUCAGUUAUCGCCAAAGUGCCCCCUUAGAUAUGCGGAUGAACCAACAAACAAAGUUAACCGCACAAGAAAUUAUUAAUAAUUAUAUUCGCCAAAAAGAAAAAAUUACUACUACUCAACAAUUAGUAAGCAUAAUAAUUGGUUGCUUUUCUCGUAAGGAAAACAAACAUCCGGCACGACGAGUUUUCCAAGCUUUACGGAUUGCAGUUAAUCAAGAGUUAAUUAAUCUUUCUCAAGGAUUAGAAAAAUCGCUCCAAUUUCUUAAUGUCGGAGGUAAAGCGGUGGUGAUUAGUUAUCAUUCCCUAGAAGACAGAAUUGUUAAGCAAAUUUUUAAAAAAUAUAGUGAGUUUGGUAAUUAUCAAAUUCUUACUAAAAAACCUUUAAUUCCUAGCGAGGAAGAAAUUAUUACUAAUCAUCGUGCUAGAAGUGCAAAAAUGCGAGAAUUAAGAUAUCGAGUAAAGCAGGAUAAGAUAAACACUCGCGAGGUAACCAAAAUACUUAAAGAAAAAAUAUACCGGCAAGGCUGUCGUUUGGCUAACCAAGACAAAGAGAGGGAUAAAGAAAUUGCUGAAUGGGAUGAAAUAGUUGAGGGAACAAA